GACGGGCGCGAGGCUCGGAGGGAGGUGGUCGGCUCCUCGCAGCUCUUGGGCAUCGCCUGCGGCGGAAGUGAUUCGAAUACGCGUUUCGGGAGUUGGAGAGCCUGUGUGACGCCCCGAUUCGACCCGUGCCAGCCAGACCAGCACGGAAAAAAGCAUCACAGUAUUUCAGGACGCCGUUCGCUGAGAUGAUUUACGGCCUCUACAUACGCUACGAGUCCUCCUCCGAUGAGGAGCCGGACACGGACCAGGAGACGGACCGGCUGCUCGGCCAGAAGAAGACCUCCGAGGAGACGGCCCAGGACAAGGGGUGGCGUAAGCCAAGACCUCGGAUGCCCAAGUCGCACACGACGGGCGAGCUGGCGCCGCCGUCCCCGGCCGCGCCGGAUUGCCCGCAGAAGGAUCGAGAGGGUGUGAAAAAGAAAACGAAAACGAAGGAAGUGCUGAUCGAGGGCGUGCUGUUUCGGGCGCGGUACCUCGGCUCCACCCAGCUCGUCUGCGACGGCCAGCCCACCAAAGCCACGCGCAUGGUGCAGGCCGAGGAGGCCGUCUCCCGCAUCAAGGCUUUGGUGCCGAACGGCGAGGCUCAGCCCAGCACGGAUGUCGACCUCUUCAUAUCGACCGAGAAGAUAAUGGUGCUCAAUACAAGUCUCAAGGAGAUCAUGAUGGACCACGCGCUGCGUACCAUUUCGUACAUCGCCGACAUCGGCGAGCUCGUGGUGCUGAUGGCACGGCGACGCGAGACCGCCGCCGGCUUGGCCCACCUGCAGACGCUGCCCAAGAUGGUGUGCCACGUGUUCGAGAGUGACGAGGCGCAGUUCAUCGCCCAGUCCAUCGGACAAGCCUUCCAGGUGGCCUACAUGGAGUUCCUCAAAGCCAACGGCAUCGACGAUCACGGCUUUGUCAAGGAGAUGGACUACCAGGAAGUCCUGAACUCGCAGGAAAUAUUCGGAGAGGAGCUGAAGAUGUUUGCCAAGAAGGAGCUUCAGAAGGAGGUGCGGAGCGACAAAUCAGUGGUGGUGCCCAAGCAGAAGGGCGAGAUCCUCGGCGUGGUGAUCGUCGAGUCAGGCUGGGGCUCGCUGGUGCCGACGGUGGUGAUUGCCAACCUGGCGCCGGCCGGCGCCGCCGCCCGCUGCGGCCUGCUCAACAUCGGCGACCAGAUCAUUGCCAUCAACGGCGUCAGCCUGGUGGGCCUGCCGCUGGCCAGCUGCCAGACCUAUGUCAAGAACGCCAAGCAGGCGACCGUGGUGAAGCUGACGGUGGUGCCGUGUCCGCCGGUGGUGGAGGUGCGCAUCCGGCGGCCCGACACCAAGUACCAGCUGGGCUUCAGUGUGCAGAACGGCGUCAUCUGCAGCCUGCUGCGCGGCGGCAUUGCCGAACGCGGGGGCGUGCGCGUCGGACACCGCAUCAUCGAGAUCAACAGCCAGAGCGUGGUGGCCGUGCCGCACGAGCGGAUCGUCAGCCUGCUGGCCACCUCCGUCGGCGAGAUAUUGAUGAAGACCAUGCCGACAUCCCUGUUCCGGCUGCUGACUGGUCAGGAGACCCCGCUUUACAUCUGAAGCAACUCUCGCCGUGCUCGCAACGAGCCGUGUUCAGAUACAAAAGAUACCGGAGCUGCACAAAUGACUCUGCGCGCGCGUGGUCGACCAACGUAUUGCAAUACUGCACUUCAGCAGGGACCAAUGCAGAAGUGGGCGUGACACGGCCGCGGUGUGGCCACCCCGACCUUGCCCGGCCGGGAUCGCUCUCAGUUGGCUAUGCUCCGGCGCUGAAACCGUGACGUCACCCGGGCAGCUAUCGUCACAAACGUCAGGCUCCCAGCCCCCAAACGAUAGCGGACGGUGCCGUCUGCGCGCGUCGCGGUUCGCGUCAGUAGCGACACCUGGAUCAACUUCUGACGCAUGCAGCGUCAUCUGCAGCGAUAGCGGGAACAGUGCGCCCUGUGCGGGCGUCGGGUAAGCUGCGAGGGCGCCGUUUACACGACGAGCUCGCUUUGUACCCGCCCAGUGCGCGUCACGUGGCGAACUCUGCGUCAAGCGCUGUGCGACAGCCUGUAUCAAAAUGUACUGCAUAUUGAUAUCAAGGACGAAACGUGGACGUGGUGAAAGUCCCGAUGGUGUGCUGCAAGUGAGAUUACUUUGUUUUAACGACGGCGUUGUUUUGUAUGGGAUUUAUUGUCAACUUCUUGUGCCCUGCCAUGGCCUGCCUUUUUGUCCCUCUUCUCUCCCUUCUACUCAUCCCUACAGCUGCUUUUCCCAUUGUUUCUUUUAAUCUCUCUGUCUCUCUGUUUCCUUCUGUCCGCGGCAUAUACUCAAUUUUGAAUAAAUGGUGACCGAGAA